AUGAUCCACUUCAAUCAUCGGGCUCCAGUUCUGAUAGUAUGGAGUUUGAUAUUUUUCUUCAUUGCCACAGUAGCAGUUGCACUUCGAGUUGCUUCUACCCAUAUACGACGUCGGGCCUUAAAAACUCAUGAUUACCUUGUUUUUUUCUCAUUGGUGUUAUUGACUGGCUAUGUAGUGGACAUGCUGAUAGGGGCAACCACCGCUGGCUAUGGCGGGCGUACGGCGAAUAUGGCUGUGCGAAACCCGGGAGAGUUGGUUAGCGCAUUGAAGAUAUUCUGGGCAUCAGAAUGGAUAUGGGCAACCUCUACAGUGUGCUUUAGACUGGCCAUACUCCUGCUAUAUAUGGAGAUCUUCCCAGGAAAUCCGAAAUUUUUCUGGUGUGCAACUGGUGUGGGAUUUCUUGUCUUCCUAUACUGGGUAUCUUCAGUCUUGACCAUCGCUUUGCUCUGUCGUCCAGUCGCCUACAACUGGAAUCGCUCCAUUCCAGGAACCUGUGGGAAUGUUCUGAAGAUAGAGUAUGCAUCUGCAGGGUUCAACAUAGGGAUUGAUUUGGGAGUUGUAUUACUGCCGCUCCCUAUUGUCUGGCGACUCCAAAUGUCAAGUCGCAAAAAGAUUGGCGUCACUGCAUCAUUCGCCAUAGGCAUUCUAACGGCCAGUAUCAAUCUGGGCCGCAUCAUUCAGACCAAGCUGUGUCCAGCUGACGACCUAAUUUAUUGCCUGAGGGACUCUUCUAUUUUCAUCAUGGCUGAGAUGACGGCAGGAAUCUUGGUGGCCUGUGUUCCAACGUUUGGGCCCUUAUUCUUUCGCGGGCAAACCGUACGUUCAGCGCAACAACGAGAUUUGCCGACAAUUGGGUCGGCUCGACUACGCCGUCGACCCGCAAAAUUCGACUCUCUCCUUUCUACCCUUGAUCGGAGUCAUAAUGGUGAAGAGCGAGGCCAUACAAAGGAAAUAGAGCCCGCAGGUGGCCCCACAGCACAUGCCGGGGCUAGGGACGAAAAUGAAGCUCCAGGGACAGGUAUUUUGGUCACGCGAGAUCUUGACGUUCAUAGUCUGAAUGUGCUCCCUCGGGUGUCCGAGACUUCUACUGUUUGA